AUGACCAGCGGAGUUUCCAAGGCACGGACCCACCGCUCCCGUGUGCAACUAUCCAAGGCCUUGCAAGAAACGCUGCUAGACGCUGUUGCAGGUAGCAUUACAGAACUUCCGCGGAGCGACCGAGAGCAGUCUCCAGAGAGCGGAGAUCCCACCAGAGACACGACACCCGUGCAGGCUCGUAAGAGGGGACUGGACGCGACAGAGAACGAUCCGUCGCCCGCAAAGAGAGCCCGAUUGAUACGGCCGGACGCGCAGCAGCCUGGAAUUGAUGACAAGCAAGCAGAGCAGGCUGGCAAGGCAACUCUACAACAGCCAAAGCCCAACCUUCCCAAGCAUCCAUGCGCCUCAUUCCUCAAAGAUUUUGUCGAACCCGUCCAUCCGGCACCCGGUUCCGCAUCCGUCCACACCUUUGUCCAUCUGCACCAUUCGGACGACGUCCCCAUUUCGAGACAGCUCACAAGAUCGGCACCGGAGAUAGGCUGCACACGGGACGCUAAUGGAUUUGUGGUGCCGCCGGCUAGUUCAUACCGAGCAAUACAGGAUUCUGCUUCCAGCACUGCCAGCGUUCGCCAUCCUUCUUAUCGUCGUAACAACCUAAGUGCCAAGUCAUCCCUAAUGUCUUCUCAUCUCAUUCCCAACAAUCCCGAAAGCCUGUUUAGGGUUUUCGGCCCGAGACCUGAUCUACUCUACGAAUACUCUGGCGCACUCGGGGAUGGGGCCUUCACUCAGCCACAAUUCUUUGCCCAAACUAGUCUACAUCCUCAAAAUACACGGUUUGCGGAAGCAACAACACAAUGCCUUAGGUUUCCGUUCUUCGCCAUCGAAUUCAAAGCUGCCGGGGGUACUUGUGGCGACCUCUGGGUUGCUACAAAUCAGUGUGCAGGUGCUGCAUCAGCAUGUCUCAACGCCGUCGACCAACUAAAUAUUUCGCUCCCGAAGCAUCCAAGCAUGCAACAUAUCGACAAUUUAUCAUACUCCCUUGCUGUAGACAACAAUACCGCCCAGCUCUAUAUAUCGUGGAAGGAAGAUGAUUUGAAUUAUUACCUCUAA